GGGGGAGGUAAAGUAAAACAGACCAUAGACUUCCUCGGUGGAACCCAACGAGAACGUGCAAGGGAGGGAGUGAGAAAACAAGAAUUGCAUGGAAGAAGGGAAGGGGUAUUUGGAUUUGAACAGAAGUCAAAACUCUGGGUGGAGAAUCCGUGGAACCGAGGACAAUAGCGAUUCCGCUGGAUUUGAAACAUUGUAUCUCAUUCAUUGUGCAAAUCUACAAGAAUGUCUGGGCAAAGCAUAACGGAUAGGAUAACCGCGGCACAGCAUAGUGUCACUGGUUCUGCGGUGUCUAAAACUGUGUGCAAAGCCACCACGCAUGAGAUAAUGGGGCCAAAGAAGAAACAUUUGGAUUACCUGAUCCAGUGCACCAAUGAGAUGAACGUCAACAUACCCCAGCUGGCUGACACCUUGUUCGAGAGGACCGCGAGCACCAGCUGGGUGGUGGUUUUCAAGUCGCUCACGGCAACACACCACCUCAUGGUCUACGGCAACGAGAGAUUUAUACAGUACUUGGCUUCCAGGAAUACUCUAUUCAACCUGAGUAAUUUUCUUGACAAAAGUGGCUUACAAGGCUAUGACAUGUCCACAUUCAUAAGGAGGUACAGCCGCUACCUCAACGAGAAAGCCGUGUCUUACAGACAAGUCGCGUUCGACUUCACAAAAGUAAAAAGAGGUUCGGAUGGCGUGAUGAGAACCAUGAACACAGAGAAACUCCUCAAGACCAUACCCAUCAUCCAAAACCAGAUGGACGCGCUGCUUGAUUUCAACGUCAAUGCCAAUGAACUGACCAAUGGUGUGAUCAACGCAGCUUUCAUGCUCCUUUUCAAAGACGCCAUUCGACUGUUUGCGGCCUACAACGAGGGCAUCAUCAACCUUCUUGAAAAGUAUUUUGACAUGAAGAAAACCCAGUGCAAAGAAGGCCUCGACAUCUACAAGAAAUUCCUAACUCGAAUGACGAGAAUCUCGGAGUUCCUCAAAGUAGCCGAGCAAGUAGGCAUAGACCGAGGGGACAUCCCAGACCUCUCCCAGGCCCCCUCCAGUCUCUUAGAUGCACUGGAGCAACACCUAGCUUCUUUAGAGGGCAAGAAAGUGAAAGAUUCCACAGCAGCCAGCAGGGCCAGCACUCUCUCCAAUGCCGUCUCCUCUCUGGCCAACACUGGCAUAUCUUUCACCAGAGUGGACGAGAGGGAGAAACAGGCUGCUCUGGAGGAAGAGCAGGCUCGCCUGCAAGCUCUGAAGGAGCAGCGUCUGAAGGAACUCCAGAAGAACCCCAACACCACCGUGUCACCCGUGUCCACGGGAGAGGGCACCGUCCAUGCGACUCCUGCCAUCGACCUCUUCUCCACACCCAGCUCUACAAAUAGCACUUCCAAGGCAGCGAGCGACCUGCUGGACCUCCAGCCGGCGUUCCAGCAGGCCCUGCCUCUCUCCUCUGGCCUGCCUGCUGCCAGCACAUGGGCAGAUCCUUUCACUUCUCCCGAUGCUGUCGACGACUCCAUUCCAAACUUAAAUCCUUUCCUCACGCUACCCGUUGUCGCCGCUGUCCAUCUACCCGUUGUCUCCCCAGACGCUGUUGGUUUGUCCUCUAGGACACCGAUUCACGAAGUGUUUGGUGAUCAUUAUAAUCCUUUUCUUGAUCCCAGCUCUUCCGUCUCGUCUGAUCUUGAUUCCACAGUGCAGAUAGAGCAGUUUAUCUCAGACUCCUUUUGUGGGCCUGCACCUUACCCCACCACCCCUCUCUUCCAAUCCGAGCCCCCCGCCAUAGCUGGUCUAUUUGGAGGGUUCUCCGGCUCUCCCAGCCCCCAGCAGCAGCCCCCCCAAGGCCUCAACGUCGACUUUGACUCCGUGUUCGGCAACAACGGCAACAUCAUUAACAACAUGGACCCUUCUGAUGAUGUUUUAGGUGGCAUCCUCAAACCAACAGUGGCCUCUUCACCCAGCCAGGGGCUCAACCUCACCACUCAGCUGUCGGGCAAACUGGUGUCCGACGACCUGGACUCUUCCCUGGCCAACCUUGUGGGCAAUCUAGGAAUCGGAAACGGCACAGCAAAAAAUGAUAUUCACUGGAGUCAGCCUGGGGAGAAGAAGCUGACUGGUGGAACCAACUGGCAGCCAAAGUCCGCUCCCUCAACCACAUGGAACCCAGCAGCGAUGACGGCCGUGCGUUUCCCACAAUACGCACCAUCUGUCAUGGCGUUCCCGGCAACCACACCAACGGGUAUGAUGGCAUAUGGAAUGCCUCCUCAGAUGGGCUCCAUGUCGAUGAUGACCCAGCCCACGAUGAUGUACACGCAGCCUGUCAUGAGACCAGCCAACCCGUUCGGCCAGGCCCCUGGAGCGCAGCCCUGUGCAGCCUCUAGUUCGUCCAGUCACACUCCUCUCCCAGCUCCAGGAAAGGACCCCUUUGCGCAGCUCUCGCUCAAGGAUUUCUUGUAGAACAUCGUUUAGAUGCAGUUCAUGUAAUCCUGAAGGACACUUGACCCUCUGAAGUUGAGCCAUACGAUUGGCAAAAACCUUCAAGCAAAACCCAAAUUAGCAGAUUUCCCUUCUGAGAUCUUCUGAGAAUAUUGGGCCCCGAUAGGGAAUCAUCUGAGGAACCUUCCGGAGUCUCCAUGUUUGAGAAUGACUGUUGCCAAUUUAGUCAUUUGUCUGAGGAGGAAACGGUUCUUGCUACCAUACCCCCCCCCCUCCCUCCUCCCCCUCCAGAGAUUACUCACCCCAUUUUGUUAUCUGUAAAGAGAAACAUGG